AUGGCUGGUGAACAGCUGAAGGGUAGAUGGUCUCUCAAUGGCAUGACUGCCCUUGUUACUGGUGGCACCAGAGGCAUUGGGCAUGCCAUAGUGGAAGAGUUAGCAGGAUUUGGGGCCACAGUAUACACAUGUUCAAGGAACCAAAAGGACCUUGAUGAAAGGCUGCAAGAAUGGGGAGCAAAGGGCUUUAAAGUAUAUGGCUCAACUUGCGAUUUGUCAUCAAGAACAGAAAGAGAAGAACUGAUGAAUAAUGUCUCUUCCACCUUUAAUGGGAAGCUGAACAUAUUGGUUAACAAUGCAGCAACAGUUAUCUUGAGAAGAGCUACAGACCUUUCUGCCGAAGAUUUUUCACGUGUGUUGGGAACAAAUGUCGAGUGUCCUUACCACUUGUGUCAACUUGCAUAUCCGCUUCUGAAAGCUUCAGAAGCUGGAAGUAUAGUUUUUAUCUCAUCUGUGGCUGGUAGCACUUCACUUCCAGGUGCUUCGGUUUAUGGAAGUUCAAAAGGUGCAAUCAAUCAGCUAAGCAAGAACUUGGCAUGUGAAUGGGCGAAGGACAAGAUCCGCGUCAACACUGUUGCACCACACGGAGUGCGAACCACUCGCCCAAAACUAGAGGACUAUGAUGAAACUAUUGCUCAACAGAUGAGGCCUAUAAUGUCUCGGACUCCUCUCCGUCCACUAGGAGAGCCAAAUGAGGUCUCACCACUGGUGGCAUUCCUCAACCUUCCUGUUGCAUCAUAUAUUACUGGUCAGGUUAUCCAUGUUGAUGGAGGGUACACAGCAGGUAGCUACUAG